AUGGUCAACUUAAAUUGGCCAGAACAGAAGAAAAGCAAACCAACGACAGAAGGUAGUUCCAACAGAGAAAGAAGAGUUAUAAGGGAGACUAGUCAAAGGACAAAAGUAACUAUCUCGGUUGGGGUGGUGCUCAGCAGCAAGUGCAAGUGUGCAACUGAGCUAGAAGUGGUUCUGGACAGGCUGAAUCAGCCCACACCUCAUUAUAGCAAAAGAAAGAUAAAGCAACCCAAUAAGGAAAUACCAAUUAAAAUACCCGGGAAUGAAAAGCCCUUGGCAACUAUCAUAGAAGGUAGAUGGUAUUCUGUGAGGAAAAGUGGUAGACCAACUCUGGAAUUAACCAGAACUCAAAAGAGGAGGGUUCAAAGGCAGUAUUGCACAUUUCUCAAAAGCCAGGGUGAUACACAGGUACCUUCAGAGACCAGUUCUGCCAGAAAUGGGAAGAAUCCGGAACUUGAACCUUCACAAGCACAAGGGGAAUCUGAACCUAUUCCAAUUGAAGGACAAGAAGACUGGACUGAAGAGUAUGAAGAGGAGCAGCUAGACUAUGAACCAUCUGCAGAUGACUAG